GUAGACACAGUGGCUCUUUGACGGCAAGCACACGCCUUCACUGGCAAUACUCAGCUCCCUCUCACGAGGGUCUAUAAAUACUCUUGCAUUCCCCAAGAGCCACAGCAACUACUUCUCUCUGUCCAUCAUCGAACUGCAAUUUAAAACUCACCUGUCUCUGGAACAACAAUGUCACGACGAGCAAUGAGCUUGCAUGGAGGCACUGGGGGCCCCCGCAUUGCUAGUUCUUCCUCCACCCAUCUCUUCAGUAGUUCUGGAGCAGCAAUAGGAUCAGGUCUAUCUGCUGGACUUGGUCCUGGAAGCAGACCACUUUUACUUGGUGGUGGCUCCAGUACUGAUCGCAUUGGUUUUGCUGGGUUUGAUGGCAACAGUGGAUUCCUUGUUGGUCUUGGCAGUUUUUUUGAAGGCAGUGGUGCUGGUAGUAAUUUUAGUGCCGGACAUGACAAAGCCACCAUGCAAAACCUCAAUGACCGUUUGGCUGCCUAUUUGGAAAAAGUACGUUCCCUUGAGAUUACUAAUGGUCAACUUGAACAGAAAAUCCGAGACUGGCACAGCUCAUCUUUUGGGGGUCAGGCCAAGGACUAUUCUCCAUAUUUCAAGACCAUCUCUGAGCUGCAAGACAAGAUCUUUGCUGUCAGUAUGGACAACUCCAGAAUCCUUAUGCAAAUUGAUAAUACUAAGCUAGCUACUAACGACUUCCAUGUCAAGUAUGAGCAUGAGAUGGCAAUGAGGAAAUCUGUGGAGGCAGACAUAGCUGGUCUCCGCAAGCUCUUAGAUGAAAUGACCUUGGUCAGAGCUGACCUGGAGAUGCAAAUUGAAGGCCUGAAGGAGGAGCUCAUCUAUCUAAAGAAUAAUCACAAGGAGGAAAUGAAAUCUCUGUGCAGCUCGGUGUCUGGCUCUGUCAAUGUGGAGGUGGAUGCUGCUCCACAGGAAGACUUGGCCAAAGUACUUGAAGACAUGAGGGCACAGUAUGAAACCUUUGCAGGAAAGAACCACCGUGAUAUGGAGAACUGGUACAAGAACAAGUCUGAUGACUUGAACAAGCAAGUGACCAUGGAAACAGAAGCCCUCCAGACAUCAAAGACUGAGAUUGGUAGCCUGAAGAAGACCCUCCACACUCUGGAGAUUGAACUGCAGUCUCUGCUUAGUACAAAAGCAGCACUUGAUAAAACUCUUGCUGAAACUAACGGCCAGUAUGGUGCACAGCUUAUUCAAUUACAAGACAUAAUAAACAAACUGGAAGGUGAACUGGUACAGGUCAGGCAAGACAUGGAGCGUCAGGGCAAUGAGUACAAGAUGUUGCUGAAUGUAAAGACAAGGCUGGAGAUGGAGAUUGCAGAGUACCGGCGCCUGCUGGAAGGAGAGCACAUGGGAAAAAGCUCAACAGGUGGAACAGGAGAAAGAGAAGAUGGUUUUGGAUCAAGGCAAGCAGGAGCUGGUUUGGGAUCAGGAGGAGCAAAAGGUGGUUUUGGAUCAGGAGGAGUAGGAACUGAUCUUAGAACAGGAAGAGCAGGAGAAGAUCUUAGAUCACGAAAAGCAGGAACUGGUUUGGGAUCAGAAGGAGCAAAAGGUGGUUUUGGAUCAGGAGGAGCACGAGAUGAUCGUAGAUCAGGAAAAGCAGGAACAGAAGUUGAAAAGGGUGGUUUUGGAUCAGGAGGAGCGCAAGAUGAUCUUAGACCAGGAAAAGCAGGAGCUGGUUUGGGAUCAGAAGGAGCAAAAGGUGGUUUUGGAUCAGGAGGAGCACAAGAUGAUCUUAGAUCAGGAAAAGCAGGAACUGGUUUGGGAUCAGAAGGAGAAAAGGGUGGUUUUGGAUCAGGAGGAGCACAAGAUGAUCUUAGAUCAGGAAAAGCAGGGGUUGGCUUGGGAUCAGAAGGAGCAAAAGGUGCUUUUAGAUCAGGAAGUGCAGGAGGUCGCAUUGGAUCAGGAGGAGCAGGAGAUGGCUUUGGACAAAAAAUCAGCAGUAGCUCUAUCUCUGGAUCAGAGGACAUGGCAGUCAACAGAUCUUCAACUACCACGGUGACAAAAUCAGAGCCUCUAAAACAAGAACCUCCAAAGCCUGAAACGCCAAGAGUACCCAUCCGAACCAGGAAAGUGACAAGACUGGUAGAAGACAUAGUGGAUGGAAAGGUGGUCAGCGUCCAUAAAGAGCAGUAUGAGGAGCCAAUGCCCUAGACGGACCUCAUGACACCCAGUUGUAAUGAUAGGUAGCAGGAGUGAGAAAGAUAAACAUUUUGCUCAUGUACUUCUCCCUAAUUUUCAUUUGAAUUGAACCAAAUAGUGCUGCUUUAUCAAAUAAACUAUCCUCAGAUUCUCCA